AUGACUGAAGUUGGUCACAAUUAGAUAAGCAAUUCGCAUUGUUGAUGUAACGACAAAGGCUUUCAAAGCAACGAUUCGAAUUCAUUUAGGGGCUGGGGUUGCCUUGAAUUGGGUGGAAUUACAUACUUGGAAGAAAUAGAUCAUGUAGAUUGUAUUUUUUAUGUAAUACAUAUAUUAUAGAAGAGACGAAAAUCCCACCGACUGAAAUUUCAGCUCUAAUUAACAAUAACGACAUGAAUCACCAAAAUAAUUGUGCCCCACACAUGUAUCGUGAGCUCCUCACAAAGCUCAACGAAGUGACCAAGAGGAUGAAGAGGUCAGAAAAUGACUUCUUGCCCUCCCAUUCCUCCCCAACGAUCAACGACCUCUGGCGAAGUUUGCACCCCUCGCCCUCCUCAACGUUUGGCUGCCCUUACUGUCCCCAUUGCACCUCUCCCCUGGCCCCCCACUUCCCCCAGUAUCCACAUACGCCGCUCCUGUCGUCCUUGAAUAGCUGCCAGCCACAGCUGGAGUUCAUCAAUGCUGUAGUCUGGCUGAAGUCUCUGUUAAAAUCCUCACCAAGUGUUCCAAUCACUGAGGUGCGGAGAAUUCUGAAGGCCCUGGUGGAGAUAGAGGAGAACGCACCCCCAUGUCUCCCACCCCAAGUGGAAGUUCCAGAAGCACCACCAGGAGGGGAAGGGCCUUCCAUCCCCCCUGCCCUCACGAUGAUCCUGGAGAUGUCUCCAAGGAGUCAGAGAUUCCCACAAGUACCAGUGGAUCUCGAAAAAUCCAAAAAAUCGACGUUAAAUCGAGCCAAGGACAGGAUUCCUCUGGAGAGGAUGGACCUGGACGUGUCAGCGGACUUAAAGAAAUCGGGAGUAGCUGGAGAACACAAUACCUCGGAGAAAUUCGUAUUCUUAGGGCAGACAAACUGUCAAAAAGGAUCUGAGAACUCAUUGAAUGAAGUGAAGAGAAGAAGAUUGGAGGACAAUGACAGUGCAGUUGUCCUGGAGGAGUCUCCGGGCAGAAACUGGGACUCGUUCACCCAGAACAUCCCCCAAGACGAUAAGAGAAAGGCACUGAUUCCUGACAGUGACGAAGAGGCGAGUCAGAUGACUCCUGAUAUGAGCUUCGGGGGGACUUUUGAGUGGAAUGGCUCCACUAUAGGCUGUGGCGAUUCGCAGCUGCUGCCUCCGGGUUUUCGAGAUGAUCUGAACGUCGAUGAUUUCCAAGAAGUCAUUCAGUUGGUGAAAGAGAUCGAGGCGAACGAGGCGAUCUCGUCGGUGGAGCUGGCGGGAAUUCUCGAGGAUUUUCCCAUCAUUUCGGUGAUAUUGACGAUUGUCAGGAGCACAUUAAGAGCUCUGGAAGCUGAGGACUCGGUUGAGUACUGUUGGAGGGAGGGAACGAUUGUCCUGAGGGCGGUCAGGGUGAUCUUGGAGUUUAUCGAUACUGUCGCUACGGAGGAGUACAAGUAUCCUGGGUAUUUGGAUUUCUUUGUCAAAUGCUCGGUGCAGACUGUUGUGAGCAUCUUCGAGAGGUGUGCCAGAAGGACACAUGUGGACGUGAAAAGAUAUCAUCACUUGACAACGGUCCUUGAGCUGUGCAAUUGUCGAGCGAUUUGUGAGGAUAUAAUCUCGUACCUCUUCGAGUCCUUAUCAAAAUUGUCUGAGGAAGAGUCAACGGGAGAGGAAUCUCCAUUACUCGUUUCAACCCAAUCAAAGAAAUGUCUCAUCGUAGACGCUCUCUACAUGACACUGGAAAAAUACGCUAAGAUUAUGAACUCAAAUCUCGUCCAGUCGCCUGUUAAUUUUUUCCAUGCGGAUAUGGCUCAGCCAGGGGAGAAAUUAUUGCAUUCGUGGGAAAUGCAUUUACAAGAUUUCGUGACAAAAAGCCUCAAUGAUUCUCCCUCAAUGGCUUUAUUUCUGCAGAAUCUUUUUCGAAAUCUGAAGAUUCGAUUGACAAAACCAAGUGAAGUUUAAAUAGACUAUCAUUUUAAUGACUCGUUAAAAGGGAAAUGAUCUAAUUUCAUCCGUAGAUGAUAAAUAAUUCAAUUCCGGAGUAAACAACGUUUAUUUGUUAUGAAUUAUUAAAUUAUAUCUUUUUCAUAAUUAAUUAAUUAAUUAAUUAAUUACAUAAUGGUUAAUAUUUGUUUAUUAUCUAUAGUGUUAUGACGAGUCAAUUUUUACUGUUUAAA